GGUUGUCGCCGGUCGGCAUUCGGCCGGCGAAGCGCCAUUCGAGACAACGCGUUUUAUAUUCCAAUUUCCAACGUUGAAUUCAUUAUACAGUUAAAAUGGUGCCUGUUACAAUCAUGGAGCCAGCAGUGCGCUCGUUCGUCGUAUAUUCAAGUGUUCUGGGCCUCAAAGUGCUCGCAAUGUCAUUUCUGACAGCCCGACAGAGAUUCCGCAAGAAGGUAUUCGCUAAUGAAGAGGACGCUAAAACGGAUAAGAAGUCUGUUGUAAAAUACGACGAUCCUGAUGUGGAACGUGUUCGGCGCGCACAUCUCAACGAUCUCGAGAACAUUCCAGUGUUUUGGGUGUUGGGAGCGCUGUAUUUGACAACGGGACCGUCUGCAGCUGUUGCCACCACAUUGUUCCGAGCUUACACCGCGGGGAGGAUUCUACAUACACUAGUUUACGCCGUGAAGCCACUACCACAACCGGCCCGUGCCCUGGCCUUUGCCGUUCCUAUGUUUAUUUCAUUGUUUAUGGGUGGAAGUGUUGUUGUUCAUUACGCUGCUGAUUUGUAAAUUUAAAGGGUUUGUUAAUUUUAUAAUCUUCUAUGUAGUAAUGUAUUUUUUCAUAUUAUUUAUAAUUACAUAUUGUGUCGAAGGCCGAGAGUGAAUAGUGUUUUUGCGAAACCGGUUAAUCUGCAGCGGCAAGGUUAUAUAAUUUAAUGUUUACUGACAUAUUUACCUACGAUUUUGUUAUAUUAUGUCAAAAUUUAUUGAGCUUAAGGCAUAAGGUCAAACAUUUUAGAAAAAUAUUGAUAUGGUGAGCGUGCCGGAUUAAUAACCUAAAAAUUAUUAGGAACAGUUAUCGGAAUAGAUGUAUUUUUUUAUGAAA